UGGCUACCGAUGGCUUCGUAUAUCAUGGCUCCCCUUUUUUGCUUUUUGCCUUCUUCUUUGUUUUCGCUCUCUACCUACCAUCCCGCCUCAUCCCCGUUCAUUCUCUUGCGCGUCUUGGCCAAUCGCCUUUGGAUAACCCUUCCUUUGCUCUGUCGAGCCCUUACCUUCUUUUCGGGAUCUAGAAUCAAUUGGGCUUUAGCUCCCUUCCUAGAACCACAUUCAUUUUUUGCCAUUCAAUCCAUAGGUUGUCUUACCUCGUCACGCAAGACACGGCAGCUUGUCUCUUGCCAACGAAUCGAUAUAUAAGACUGGAAACCCAACCUCUCCCAGCCUUCACAUUCUCUUGUCCAACUCAUCAUCUACAGCAUUCACAGCUUCAUUCUUUAGGACGGCGACGCCUCCUUUGACUUCGUUCCUUGUCUUGUUUGACUUGACACACACAUACUCGCCCGGAGCAGUACCGCAUUCCUUCACCUCAAGUCAACAAACGAGAUCUUCAAGUGCUUGCACUCAUACACUCCCUAAGCUGCCUGUUUGUUGGACCCUUUUUGUCUUCAGCAGCCUCUUUUCAUACAUUUCGACUAUCAGUGUCCCCUUCGAUUCGAUUCUUUGGAAACAACCAGAUCAACUUUUCUUCAAAAUGUACUUCAACAGCAUCGCUACCGUCUUUGGCCUGGUUGCCACCGCCAAUGCUCACAUGCUCUUGGCCUACCCUCCUCCUUUCCCCGGUAACCAGAACGGUCCUCUUGGAGAUGGCAUCAACUUCCCCUGCCAGGGCAAGAUGUCGGGUGGCACCCCCACCACAAUGUCCCUCGGAUCGACUCAGAAGCUCACCUUCCAGGGUGGUGCUACCCAUGGUGGCGGCUCCUGCCAGGUCGCCCUGACUGACGAGACCGCCCCCACUGCCGCGACCAAGUUCCGCGUCAUCACUUCGAUCCAGGGUGGCUGCCCCCUCAGCAGUGACGGCAACAACGGCAACGAUGCCAGCGCCGCUCUCGACUCUGGUCUUCAGUUCAAAAUUCCCGACGACAUCCCCGCCGGCAAGUACAUCCUGUCCUGGACCUGGAUUAACCGCAUUGGCAACCGCGAGUUCUACAUGAACUGCGCCCCGGUCACCCUCACUGGAACCGGCGGUGACAAGUCCAACCUCGACAAGCUCCCGGAGAUCUUUGUCACCAACUCGCCUUCGUCCAACACCUGUCAGACUCCUGAAGGUUCCGACUACGCUUACCCCAACCCUGGUGCCGUUGUUUUCAACAAGGGCAACCCGUCGAGGCUCGUGAAGCUUACCUGCCCUGCCAACACUCCUGGUGGUCAGCCCGGUACCCAGACCGCUCCCAGCACUGGCAGCGGCAGCGGCAGCGGACAAGGCGACAAGCCUGCUGACACCGAGAAGCCCGCUGGUGGUGACAAGCCAUCCACUUCUCCUCUCCCUGGCAACGGCGUCAAGGCCCCGGCUCCUGGAAACAACCCUGUUGAGCAGCCUGCCGCUUCGUCUGCCACACCUACUGCUACUCCCACUCCCAAGGCCCCCGUCUCUAAGCCUCCUGUCGCUCCCUCUGCUCCCUCUCCUUCGCCGGCCACUGGCAACAAGGGCUCUGGCAACAGCGGCUCUGGCAACAACGAGGGAGCCAGCUCAGGCGGUGCUUGCACCCCCGGCCAGUUCAAGUGCGUUGGUGGCAGUGCCUUCCAGCAGUGCACCGCCGGUCAGGUCUGGGCUGCUCAGAUCCAGAUGGCCGCCGGCACCAAGUGCGACUCGGGCGCGGUCACCACCUCUCUGUACAGCCUCAGCAAACGGGAGGUCAGCUUCCGCGCUUAAAGCCAUUGCUAGUUCAAUGACAUGGGCGACCGGAGAGGCAGAGGCCUUAGAUGGCGGUUUGUAUUCACUUCUUGUACGAGCCUUUGGCUCAUUUUUUUAGGGACGGGAUUUUUGUGUUCACGACAUCAUGCAUGGGCCGGCUAGGCGAAACCAGUUUUGUACUUGUUAUUUUUUAUCUUGUUUUCUUUUGUCGACUCGGUUUGGACAUAUGAUACCAUUCUUUCCCCAUUCCUUUGGAAAGGAUCUUACAUUCUACUGUACAUAGCACAUUUUCUUCACAACUUUACUGGUGGGCGGUUACUCUCGAGGUGACAGACACCAAAAAAAGGGGGAUCAGAUGAUCAGACUUAGCAUACACUUGCAAUAGACCUUGCUCUAGCAACGAUUUCUUUCUGUCAAAAAAUUCGACCGUGGUUAUUCCUG